CGACUGAGAGCCUGAGGUCUGGCAUCAUUGUCUGGCAUCAUGGCGGGCGAUGGAGCUGUUGAUCCUCAGGUUGUGAGGGAAAGAGCCAGCCUCAGAGCUGCGCUUAAAAGAGAAUAUCAGAAACAAAUCCACAAUCCUCAUCGCCAUGGGUCUGCAGAAGGAGGUUUCUUGUUUGAUCCAGCUGUACAGCGUUUCAUGUCAAUGCGAGCCACACAAGCCGAGUUCUUCAAACCUACCUCUCGAGCAUCAUUGUUGGGCUUGGCAAUUUUUGCUCCUAUUGUAGCUUAUGGCUGGUGGAUGAAGACAGCCCGGGAAGAUUUUGAGAACAAAUGCCGCACCGGUCAGGUAUCAUAUGCAUCCCGGGAAUUCAAGUUUUGUUAACUGGGACAAGAAUUUAAUUUGUUUCCAGUUCUGUCAACCCUGCAAAUUAUCUGUAGCUACAGUGCUAUGUGUAUAUUUACUCUACAGUACUUUACCUCUGAAAAUAGUUAUUUAAUGUGUACAGUCUAUGUAUUAUAAAUUAAAUAGUUUUAUCCUCA